ACCACCCACCUCAGACUUCCUCCUUCACUUGUUUGGAAGCCACGCCACAUCCCACUGGCCCCUGGACUGUGGUGUCCGGCAGUGUCCAGGAAUCAUGGGAGACCUGGAACCCUCCUGGCGGCUUCUGCUCCUUCUCCUCCUGACUGUGGGUGGUCUCAGUCCUGUCCAGGCCCAGAAUGAAUGCAACUGCUCCCCAGUGAGCACCGGUGUGCUGGUGGGGAUCGUGCUGGGGGACCUGGUGCUGACCCUGCUCAUCGCCCUGGCUGUGUACUCUCUAGGUCGGCUUGUCCCUCGGGGACGAGGAACCACAGCGGUGAGCCAGAAACAGCGCAUCACUGAGACGGAGUCACCUUAUCAGGAGCUCCAGGGUCAGAGGUCAGAUGUCUACAGCGACCUCAACACACAGAGGCAGUAUUAUAAAUGAGUCCAAAAUAUGAGAGUCAACAACCUGAUACCUGGAUCCAGUCACUUCUGAUGCCCACCCAGCUCAUCAUUCCUACUCCUACUAGGAAACAGUUCCAGAGUGUCUUUCUUGAGAUUUUAGACCCACUACUGUUCCCAAAUAAACAAUAGAGCUCAAAAAUAUUGUUGCGUUAUGCCAGACCC